AUCAAAAUAUGUCUUCAUGGAAAAACCAUUAAAACCAACCAGUCAAACCAGCAGCAGGAUCUUAAAGGGAAGUUGUCUUUGGAAUAAAUAACUUCUAGUCGAACCUCAUCAUGAAAGUUACUCCAGAUGUUGAGUUACUUUCAGUUUGAACAACAGACUGUUUCUCCAAAGUUGUGGACACGUGAGGAGGAAGUGGGUGUGACGGUGUUUUCUCUGGUUCAUGUGUUGGAACAUCCUUCAGAAUCAACCCGGACUUCUGCGUCUGUCCUUGGGCUUGAAUCACACCCUCACUCUGCUCCUGAGAGAACCAUGGGGACACCGAGGUGGUGUCAAGCUGCCUCCGCGGUUCUCCGUCAGAUCGAGCCGAUCGUCGUGCUGGAGCAGCUGGGCAGCUGCUUCUUCGACACCGCGCUGCUGCUGGUGGUCCGGGACCGCAGCUCCGACGCCUCGUACCCGGGUCAGUCCGGGGAGGCGAGCCGGCAGAAAGCCAUGACCGACUUCUUCAUGAUCUACAACCUGAUCAUCCGCUUCGUGCCCAUCCUCCCGGCGCUGCUGCUGGCCAAGCUGAGCGACCGCGGCUGGAGGAAAGCCCCCAUCGUGGUGCCCCUGGGCGGGUACGCGCUGUCCCGGCUCGCCCUGCUCCUGGUGCUCAUCCUCCGGCUGCCCCUGGAGCUGAUGUUCGGGGCUGCGGUUCUCUUCGGGCUGUCCGGCGGCUACUGCGCAUUCUGGCCCGGCCUCAUGACGCUGGCGUCGCUGGGCUCCUCGGCCACUGACCGCUCCAAGGCGCUGAUGCGGGUGGAGCUGCUGUACGGGGCGACGGGGCUGGUGGGCAGCUUGAUCUCGGGUCACCUGUUCCAGGUGAACAGCUCCGGUCUGGGAAACGGAGUCGUCCUGCUCAUCAUGGCCACGCUGCUGAACCUGCUCUGUUUCAUACACUCCAUAGUGCUGCUGCAGGUGAAACAAGUGUCCAUCAGCGAGUCUGAGGAGGACGGUAACCUCCUGGCUGUGGAUGAGGCGCCUGGCAGCAUCAACAGGGUGAACAUUGUUCUGCUGUUCGCCGCCGCCUUCCUGUACGACUUCGCUGUGGGCGGAGCCGUAGAAAUACUGGGCGUGUUCGUGUUGAAAGAGCCGCUCAGCUGGACAGCCGCUCAGGUCGGUUAUGGGAACGCAGCCGGCUGCACGAUUUUUCUCACCAGCUUCGUCGGCGUCAUCUUGUUUCGCCGCUGCUUUGGGGACGUGGCACUCAUCCUGAUCGGCAUGUUCUCCUUCGCCUCGGGGAUCUACUUCAUGUCCUUCGUCACAGCAACUUACAUGUUCUACCUCGCUCGCACGCUCACCCUCUUCGCUCUCAUCCCGAUGCCAACGAUCAGAUCCCUGCUCUCACAGCAGGUGCCAUCCUCUUCAUAUGGCACCAUUCUCACCUCCCUGCAGCUGACUCUGAAGGUCGCCGGUCUGACCUACAUCCCUGCCUAUACCAAGAUCUACCAGAGAACCCUGGACUGGUUCCCGGGCUUCAUCUUCACGCUCUCCAGCAUCUUUACUGUCCUGGGGAUGAUACCCAUCAGCAUCUUGGGCUGCAGGUCGCCUCAGUCGAGUCAGCGGUACAGACGGGUUCUGGGCGACUGAUUCACCGGCAGAGAGUUUACAUCAGCACAAGGCGACAGGAACUGAAACGUGAAACGCAGGAGACUCACUUCCCGUUACUGGAGGCGAUGCGGGGAAGGAGUUCCUACUCUUGUUGUAAAGCUGUUACACAAGGAAACAUACGUUUUAUCUUUUCAUCAGCAUUUUACGAGACCUCAAAGCAAAACUGUUCAUCUUUUUCACCCUGAAGUAGCAGUUUCAAAAUGUUUACUCUUUUUUUCUCGCCUCCCACCGUGUGGAACUGAAUUAAAUUCAAGGGCGGGGGGGGGGGGUUGAACUGCAGAUCAGUUAAAGAGACUCAGAAGUCGUUAAAAAUCUGAGUUUAUCUCCAAUGUUCAGCAGGAAACUUGUUAAAAUAUGAAGAAUUCUUAACAAAAUUUAGUGGAUUUGUUUCAGCGGCAGAUGGUCUGGUUCAGGAAGCCAGGGAUCAUGGGUAAUACCCCCCCCCCUUCAGUUGUGUUCCAGUUCAGUAAAAGACACAUAGAUUCUAUACAUGAAAAGCACUUAAGGUUCAGUUUGUAGAAAUUUAGUGAGAUCUAGUGGUGCAGUUGCAUAUUGCAGCUGAACACUCCUUCCUCCUCACUCCACUUGAAAUGAGUUCAAACCAGUACAACAAACUGGUGAAAGCUGUUUUUGAACUUUCGACCCUGAUGCGGCCGAACGUCAUGGAUCAGUGGAUUUCCUCAAACAUUGAAAACUUUGAUUAAACUUCCUCAAAAGGAUCCGUGACAUGUUCACCACCUCGUACACUGGUUUCAACAUGACACAGAGUUUUCAGGGUUUGCGUCAGAUAUGAAAAGUCUAUUGACACGUUUUGUGAAACGUGUCAAUAGAACUCAAACUAUCACUUUAUUUAAGUUAACAUCGCAUAUAUUUAAUUCCUGCUGGAAGAUAAGAACUAAAACUGGAUGGAUACUAGGAUUUCAUUUGGGAGCACCACUUCAGGAGAUCAGUUUUUACUGUGAUUGCAUUGCUUUGGGUUUAAUUGUUUUCAUCCAAGUUUGUGCUUUGUUGUAAAUUAUUUUUGUGUAUUUGUUUGUCUGAGAGCAAAGAAAAAAAUGGCUUUCGUUCACACUUGCGAUAGUUUUAGUUUCCUAAAUUUUUUAUUUAUAGUGUAAAGCACUAUAAACUGCAUUCAACUAUUUGAAUGGCACUUCCUAGAAAAUGAUGCAACAUUCUUUUUAUUGUAUGCAUUGAUUUAUUAUUGCACUUUUAUUGGUUCAUGUGGCACAAAUACAAAAGGUUCGCUAUUCUUGUUUUUACACUUUAGAUUUCUUUAUUUUUCAUGCUGGUGUAGUAAAGGUUACGAUGAAGGGAAAAUAUUUGUAUCAAUGUUUCAUCAAGCUGUAAAUUAAAUUGUUUUAAUGUC